GGCCUGUAUCUGUCGAUGGGUAAGCUGCACGGUGUGCCCUGGUAUGCUAAUAAGGACCACGUGCCGGCCGACAUACAGCAGAAGAUGCAGCAACAGCUGCAUCUCGAGGCGAACCAGCGGUUCGGGCGCAGUGUCCAGCACCACGAACAGCAGCAACAGCAACAGGUAACUAUCCAGCAGCAGCAGUCGUCGUCGGUUGAGAUCAGCAGCACCACCGAGCAGCAGCAGCAGCAGCAGCAUCAUCGAGAGACAUCAUCGGAGAGGGCUGCCGUACAGAGUGCCCAGCAGGUAGGGAAUGCGCUGAUUCAGAAGCGCACACGCUUCGUAGAAGAGCAGAGUAGUCACGCGGCGCGCGCCAAUAGUAUCACCUCCGAGAGCUCACGGUAUUCUUCGAAAAUCAAGGAGAACGAGGCACCACAGAAGGGCUUCGUGGCGCAGCAGAAGCGUCGCUUCUCCGGCCAGGAUGAGGCCCUUAAUCUGCCGCCGCAACCGACCGAACAGGAGCUGCGGGCGGCCGAACAGCAGCAGCAGAUCCGCGAACUGCUGCAGAAGGCCGAAGAGGAGGAAGAAGAACAGAAGCGCCAGCAGGCGGCACUGGCAGCGGCCGCACCGAAACCACCGAUCCGCCAUGUCGAUCCACCGACACCGAAACCGGCACCACCACCGAGCAGCUUCCCCUCGACCAAUCCCUUCCCGGAGGAGUACGUCGACCACUUCCCGUCCAAGAGUGCGCGCAAAGCGAGCGUUCUGUUCCCGCAGCGUCCGGCAGCGCCUGGCGGUGGUGGUGCCGGACGUACGGAUUGUCCCAGUCCUUCGUCGUUUAAGGCGCAGUUCAAUGAGUUCAUGAUCGGGGCCAAUGCGUUGGGGGCACUGCAACCGGGUGCCACCAUGCCGCCGGUGUGCGAGAUCGAGGAAAAGGAGCAACAGCAACAGCAGCAGGAGAGGCGUGUUAGUGCUACUCAGCAGCCACUAACCCAAUCGUGGCCACCGCAACUGCCGAGCGCCAUGACGGCGGCACCGGUGGCCAACGGUGCACAAACUAAUAACACGGCGGUAGCAGUCGGUGCCAAUAAUGGACGGGCACCGAUCACCAAGCUGCCAUCGAGCCGCAGUAACAGCAACGCCUUCCUUGACUUCCUUAAUCGACCUACUCCCAACUAUGAUCCUAAUCGUUCCGCUGCCAGUGCAGGUUCGAACGCGCUCAACAAGGGACGGGCCGCUUGCUCGACGUCGGCACCGAAUCGUGGUCGUGGUGUGAUGAACAAGGCCGUCGGACCGGGCGGCCGUGUACCGCUCUGUGGAUGCUGCAACCAGCAGAUCAGAGGACCAUUCAUCACCGCUCUGGGACGCAUCUGGUGCCCGGAUCACUUCAUCUGCCACAACGCCAACUGCAAGCGUCCGCUGGCCGACAUCGGAUUCGUCGAGGAGAAGGGUGACCUGUACUGCGAGUACUGCUUCGAGGAGUUCCUGGCCCCGCUGUGCUCGAAGUGCAAUGGCAGAGUUAAGGGCGAUUGCCUGAAUGCCAUUGGCAAGCAGUUCCAUCCGGAGUGCUUCAAGUGCACGUACUGCGGCAAGCAGUUCGGCAACAGCCCGUUCUUCCUCGAGGAGGGCGACCCGUACUGCGAGAAGGACUGGAACGAUCUGUUCACGACCAAGUGCUUCGCCUGCGGCUUCCCGGUCGAAGCCGGUGACAAAUGGGUCGAGGCGCUGAACAACAACUACCACAGCCAGUGCUUCAACUGCACCAGCUGCAAAAAGAACCUGGAAGGCCAGAGCUUCUUCGCGAAGGGUGGACGUCCGUUCUGCAAAAACCAUGCCCGCUAAGACGGACGCAGCGUUGGAAAAAGGCGUGAAAAGGAGGCGAGGAAGGAGCGAACACAUCGGACACACUCUCACUCACAAUCACACAUUUACUGCGUCAUUUAAAUCGAACGAAACCAAAAACAAAACUCAAGCAAAACUAAUUCGAGCAGCCGAGCCGAGAGAAACCGUGCGCAAAAAGCGGAAACGGAAGCACGUGAGCGUGGAUGGUGAACACAGUGAAACAUUUCAAUUUCGAGCAGGGUCGACUCCGUUCGAGCAGCGCUUUCGAGCAAGAGAUGUUAAGGGAAUGAGGGAAUGGACGGACAGAGCAUGGAGAGGAGAGCGUUAAGUAGAAACAGAAGCCUCGUAGAAUGCUUUCGCGCGCGACGUCAACGUCAACGGGUACGGUCACGCGAGUGUAUGGUGCCUGCAGCCAGCGCACGGAACGCAUCUCCGUUGCGGAGAAGCAUGAUGAUCACGAUGAGGAUGAUGAGGAUGAUGAUGAUGAUGCUGAUGAUGUUGAACGUUUCUUUAGCCUUACACACCCGCCACCGUACACAGCAGGCAGCUAGCAAGCAAGCAACCGAGCGAGCAAGGAAGAGCUCUUCACUCUCUUAUGUUUUAUUUUUACUCGUGUACUACCGUAUCAUAGGAAGAAGCGCAUCGCGAGCAUCGUCGCUACUUUAUUUUUCUCUUUGUGUGUGAUAAAAACAUAAUUUUAUUUAUUUAUGGCAUAUGUUGCUGGUAAUAAAAACGUUGUAAAUUGCUAACUCA